CCGCCGCGGAGCCUUACCCGGUGCCCGGGGCCAAGCGCAAGUACCAGGAGGACUCGGACCCAGAGCGCAGCGACUACGAGGAGCAGCAGCUGCAGAAAGAAGAGGAGGCGCGCAAGGUGAAGAGCGGCAUCCGCCAGAUGCGCCUCUUCAGCCAGGACGAGUGCGCCAAGAUCGAGGCCCGCAUAGACGAGGUGGUGUCCCGCGCCGAGAAGGGCCUUUACAAUGAACACACUGUGGACCGGGCCCCGCUGCGCAACAAGUACUUCUUCGGUGAGGGCUACACGUACGGCGCCCAGCUGCAGAAGCGCGGGCCCGGCCAGGAGCGCCUCUACCCGCCGGGCGAUGUGGACGAGAUUCCCGAGUGGGUGCACCAGCUGGUGAUCCAGAAGCUGGUGGAACAUCGCGUCAUCCCCGAGGGCUUCGUCAACAGCGCCGUCAUCAACGACUACCAGCCCGGCGGCUGCAUCGUGUCUCACGUGGACCCCAUCCACAUCUUCGAGCGCCCCAUCGUGUCCGUGUCUUUCUUUAGCGACUCCGCGCUCUGCUUUGGCUGCAAGUUCCAGUUCAAGCCUAUCCGGGUGUCGGAACCUGUGCUUUCCCUGCCGGUGCGCAGGGGGAGCGUGACUGUGCUCAGUGGAUAUGCUGCUGACGAAAUCACUCACUGUAUACGGCCUCAGGACAUCAAGGAGCGCCGGGCAGUCAUCAUCCUCAGGAAGACAAGACUAGAUGCACCCCGGUUGGAAACCAAGUCCCUGAGCAGCUCUGUGUUACCACCCAGUUAUGCUUCAGAUCGCCUAUCAGGAAACAGGGACCCUGCUCUGAAACCCAAGCGAUCCCACCGCAAGGCAGACCCUGAUGCUGCUCACAGGCCACGGAUCCUGGAGAUGGACAAGGAGGAGAAUCGGCGCUCAGUGCUGCUCCCCACGCACCGGCGGAGGGGUAGCUUCAGCUCAGAGAACUACUGGCGCAAGUCCUAUGAGUCCACGGAAGACUGCUCGGAGGCAGCGGGCGGCCCUGCCCGGAAGGUGAAGAUGCGGAGGCACUGAGGCCCCCACCCCGGACUCUGGCUGACCCUCACGUAGCUGCCCAUCCUCUUGUUUUGUUUUAAUGGUUUUUCUGUUUUUGUUUUUUUCUUUUUGAUCCUUUUUUUUUUUUUUUUUUUUUGACUUGUUGCCUGUUAAGGCCGAAGAACAGAAUUGGUCAGGACUUGGGUCUGUUGUUCUUGGUUUUCCUCCUGGAUGGGAAGGCUGCUGGUGUCUGUAGAGACAAAGGCUUACACUGGAGUGGCCAGGAGUGGUAUGGGGGCAGCUGUCUUUAAGUGGGGCGGUGUUAGGCUGGGUUUUUGUAAAAGCAACGCAAUGUUUUGGUUAAGAAAAUUCUCGUUUUGCUUCAAAUGUAAAUCUUCGCAGUGUUCUAGACAAAAUCGAACUUUCUGCCCACCCCUUUCCUCCACGAUGUCUGCGCUUGGUUAAGGUCUCUUGGAGCUUUGCCAGCUCCAGUGGGGCUGCUGUCCCCACCUCUCACCUGCUCUCUAGGCCCCGGAAACUCACGCAAACUCCUCUGUCUCCCAUGGCAGAGUUGUUUAGGUCAGCCAGGCAGGUGCUUCCCUGAGCUGUGGCCGAGGUUUCCUCCACACCCACUGGUCUGCUCUGCCCUGUUCCUUGAGCUGCCCAGGGGCCAGCUCAGUAGUCCUGACCUCUCCUGCCAGGACCACACCUUUUUGCUGGGUCGCUAUUUCCAAGCAUACGCAUGUGAUUGUAUGGAACAGUUAGACUUGCCAUCGUGGGUCAGUUUUAGGAAUUGUUUCUAGCUAGAGGGACUGGUGUCCUUCCAAGUCUAGCUUUUGGGAUAUGGAAAAUUGUUGUGGUGUGUGGUAGGGUUUUUGUUUUCUUUUGUUUUGAGUUUCUACUUUUUCCUUUGGUCUCCUGGCUUUUUUCUUUCCCUUUCCUUUCUCCUUCAGUGGCCAGCUUGGGCUGUCUCCCAGGUCACCCCUCCAGGAAGGCCUGCCCCUUCUGCCUGCCUGCAGCACGCACAGGAGGGCCAAGCUCAGGCCUGCAGACUGGGUUGGUGCCUCCUCCGCCGCAUGGGCACGGGAGCUGGGAAGGGGCUUUGGAAAAAAAUAAAAUUAAAAAAAAAAGAUGAAGUCUUCGGCAGUUUCUACCCACUUGGAUCCUGGAAGGCGGCAGUUUCAUUAGGAAUGUCUUCUUGCUGGCCAGUCGAGGACCUGGGUCUGCCCAGGACAGAGGUCCUCCCGGCGGCCAGGCUACCACCACUCCAGGGGGCUUGUCUGCAGAGGCCCAGACCUGAGGCCUCCGAGGAGCCCCCGAGGGGGCCAGAACUCGUUUGCCAGCGUGGAUUCCUCCAGUCGGGACUGCAUAACUAAAGCAGUUGCAGUUUUAUUUUUUUUACAGCUUUUUUCCCAAAAAUGAUUUGUAGUUGUGUGUGCAGCACUUUGCCCUGAUAUGUGUGCUCUACAAUAAAAACCAAAUCUAAUAUAUUUUGAAA